AUGACCUUCAGCGACUCUGUGAACGCGUCGAGCUCCAUCCUGGAGAGCUCCAAGUCUUUCGCCAGCUUCUUCCGCAUGGGCAAAUAUACCGACUUUGUGGUCGCGACCACAAGCUCGGAUGGAAAGGUCUCGGAGCACCCUGUCCAUCGGGUGAUUUUAGCGAACCACAGCGAGUUUUUCCAGGCCCUGUUCGACUCGCCAUUCCGCGAAAGCCAUGAGGGCAGGAUACAGCUGCAUUUUGAAGACACCAGCCAGAUCCUGCCGCGGAUAUUCGAGUUCAUGUACACGGGCAAGAUUAGCGCCAGCAUCAAGGACAUCAUCCCGAUCAUCCACGCCGCCGAGCAGCUGCAGAUCACGGAACUUAUUCGACUCGGCAAGGCACAGCUGUCCAAGUUUCUGUCGAACCCAGACAUCGUGUCGCAGUACAUCAUCGAGAUUAUGCAGGAGGCUGUCCGCCUGCAAUCGCACGAGUCGGUCAAGGAGUGCCUCGACGUUCUGGCCGCCAACUUUGACUCCAUUCCCAUCGACACCGAUCUGUCGUUCAUGGAGUUUCCGACCCUCAUCCAGUUGCUGAGCCAUGCGUCCUUGGUGUUGGACUGCGAGUACCGCCUCUUCAAAGCCGUGCUGCUCUAUGUCGAGAAAAAUGGCCUCGCCAGCAGCCUCGAGGAAGACGAGUACUCGUCGACAUGGUCGCUGGGCAGCAAUGCCCUCCACCGCGACCAAGUCUUUGAGCUCUUUGAGAAGAUUUCGUUCGAGAAAAUGACUGUGGAGCAGCUCGAGGAGGCCUCAGCCAGUCCCUUGGUUCCAAAGCAGCUGCUCGUGAAGGGGCUGCUCAUCAGCCUGAAGCUGGCCAAAGGCCUGCCAGUCACCACAGUCGGGAGGGCCACCCGCCAGCGCAAAACUCGGGCCGGCCGAGAUUUCACAUACCGCAGUGAUUUUGACGAGGAGGGAGUGCUCUACUUCCUUGGGUCGCAGGGCCGCACCACCAGGUUCUCUAACCCCCAUCUCAGCAAGCUGGUUCAGUGCCGCAUGUCCUCGGUCCUGACAGGGGCUCCUGAGAACCUCUCGUCGCGGCAGCAGAUCGCCACAUGCACCCGCUGCGAGCCAAACGCCUGGAUCUCGAUUGACUUUGGUCCGUCCAUGGCGCUCAAGCCCACGCACUAUACGCUUCAGCACGGCCAUCACAAGGACAACGUCAACAUGCGGAUCUGGGGCUUCGAGGGCUCAACGAACAACACUGACUGGGAUCUGAUCUCGACUCACCGCGACAGCGUGCUCGGCGGCAGUUUUGGAAGCAAGACAUGGGAGGUCGAGUGCGGCAAGCACUACCGCUAUCUGAGAAUCAUCGUGCCCACCAAGUAUUUUGUACAGAUCAGCGGGUUCGAGUUCUACGGGAACCUCAAAUCGGACUUCUUCUAG